AUGAAUGCCAAAGUUAUUAAUAACGAUCAUGGAAAACAAACUAUUACUCAUGGAAUUGCUAAUAACUAUCUUAAUAUUAACAAUGAAGAUGAAAGUUUUGAAGUUCAAGGUGAAUCAUUUAAUACAAGCAACAUUAUUUCACUACUGAGAUUUAACUUAAAUAAUGAAAAUGAAAGUAGAGAAAAAGUAUUGAACCAAAUAUAUAAUUUAAUGAAUAAAAGAAUGCCAAUAAAGUACUCUAAUGUUCAAAAAAAGACCAAAACUAAAGGUUUUGUUUCAAGUGAAGAUAAAUUACCAGAUCAACUUUAUACUGACCAUUUGAAAAAUAAAAACAAAGAUUUGAGCAAAAAUCACUUAAAAAAUGUCCAAGAAACGUCUGUAUCCUCUGAUUUGGAUAAAGAAAGUAUUUUAAAUAACAAUAAUAAUCUUUCUAACGACGUUGAAAUUUCAACUCUCAAAAUUUCGGUAAUUAAUGAAUAUAAUAUCAAAGAUAAACAAAUAAGUAUACUAUUUGAUUAUAUUUUAUCAACUCUUCUUAUUUCUGAUCAGCUUGAAGUCAAACUGGAUAUAUUGACUUUAUUGGAAGAGCAGUAUGAGACAAUACUGGGAAAACCUGAGCAAAUAUUAACAGAUAAGAGGUGCUGGGACAGAUAUAAUACAGCCUUUAAUAUCUUUGAACAUAUUAUUGCAGCAAAUUAUAAGGAAAUAGCAAGAGAGUCAAUCAAUUUGUUUGAAGCCAGUACAAUUCUUUCAGGUUCAAAUUCUAUUUCUGUUGAUAAUAUUUACCAAGAAUUGAUAAAUAAUCCAAAAUAUUCGAUUCCUAUAAUACUACAAUCUCAGACUCUCAUAGCUUUUACAAGUAUUGCUCUCAGUCUGAACUUAUUGGAAGUUGUUCCUUUCUGGUUCUCUAAGCUCCUUUCUAUAUUGUUUAUAAUAUCUAAAGAAGAUUGUGUUAAAAUUCAAAAAUUUCAAGAUAGGAAUCCAUUAUUAUUCCAAAAUUACUUUUCAAUCUUAAGAAAAUAUGCAAUUGAAUGUCUUAUAGAAAUUAAUAGAAGUUAUCCAUUGAUUUUUUGCCCUCUAAUAGAAAUCAAUCCCAUACCAAAUUUGGAAAAUGAACAAAUUGAUUUAAAAAAACAAGGUCUUGGUUUUAUUCAAAAGAAUAUUCACCCAAGUAUUUGGCCGGAUAAUUUUGAGAAAGAGUUUAUUACGGAUUGUAAGAACUUCAAUAAAAACAAUAUUUAUAAUGACCAGCUCAUUGAGCUGAUCAUCAAUAUUAUUAUUACUUUAAUUGUCAAUAACCAAACUAAACAAGCAAAUAUUUCUAAAGUUAUUAAGGAAAAGGAAAGAUUUCUUACAUAUUUGGUGACUUAUAUUAUGGAAAAUUUGAAAUCUGUCUCGUGUUGGAAUCUACAUAAACGAAUUCUAUUCUUAAAAAAAAUUACAAAAACAUUAUUGAUACCUUCAAAUAUAUUAGAAUCAUCUCUUUUACCAUUUUCAUAUUCCUCCAGAAUUCAUAUUUUGUUUGAGAUUUGUAUCUUUAUAUUGGAAGAAAUUUCAAAAGAGUCAUUUUCUAAUGCUUAUCAUCAUAUUAUUGGUAUUUUAAAUAAUUUUCAUUUUCCUAUUACGUUUCGCAUAUACUCUUCCAAAUGGAUUCAAUUUGUAAUUUCAAAGUAUUCUGGUCAUAUUAUUGAACAAACUAGUAGUAAUCAAAAUAACACUUUAGCCAAGUUUAUCCACCACCUAUUAAUACCCAAAUGGCACGAUUUUUGCAAAAUCAAAUACUUUAAAUCACUUAUCAUUCUUCAACUCAAGUUCUAUAAAGUUUUUCAAUGCAAUAAUGACGAAGACUUUCUUGAAAUUCUUUAUGAAUCUCUUAAUAGUUUGCAAGAGUAUAUUAUUAUUAAGGCUCCAAUUGGAGCUCAUUCAAUUUACUUAAAACUACUAUUCAAAAUUUCAAUACUAAUUGGGAUAAAUCAACAUAUUUCUGACUUAAUUAUCAAAUAUACAUGCCAUCCAAAUUUUCAAAUAUCAUCUGACCACAUAAAUAAUUCAAUUCAGUUAUUACAUUUGAUAUCAAUUUAUUCAGAAAACAGAGAAAAUUUUGAGCAUAUUCUGCUUUUAUUUGAAACUUUCCUCAACCAUAUCAAAACCCUAAAUAAUCCAAGAGAUAUUGAUCCAUUCUUAAUGGUACUAAUUUACUUGUCUCAGAAGUCUAGAUUAUUCACAGAGAUGGGGAAUCAUACUGUAAUUUCUGAUCUAAUCAAUUCUUUAUUUUAUAUUUCAAAAGUAUUUUUAGAAAAAAUUCACAAGCCUGUAUUAAAAUGGAUCUAUAUGAAUAAGAUUUAUACAGUUUUUUUGUCUAUAAUAACUAAUAAUAUGAAUAAUUACAAUGUAGUUUACCUACUAAACAACUUAUUUGGCUAUGUAAAAAGUCAGCUAAAGACUUAUGACACCCAAUUAUUGGAUUCAAUAUCAGAAAUAGAAUAUUCAAUGAAUUAUAUGAGCUUGAAAAAUAUUAAUAGUUUGUUUGGAAUGGAGGAUUCUGAACAAAAAGAAUUAAAAUUAAACAAUUUGGAAUCCAUUUCAAAACAAGAAGAGAGUAAUUUAAAAGGCCAUGUAACAGAGAACGAGACUAAAGAAUUGUAUAAAAUUCGAUUAGAUAUUUACAAAAAAUUUAGAAGACAAAUAUAUGGUUUGAGAGAUAACUCGUUUUCUAUUUUCUCAAAGAAUACAGAACAUAACGCUUUAAUUUUACCCUUCCAAAUUAGAUAUCUGGAAAUCAAUGAGAUUCAGACUUGUCUGUAUGGAAUAAAAUUAAGUUUUAAAUCAAGCAAUAACUCUUUAGGAAUUGAACCAGUAUAUAUUCCGUUUUUGAAACCUCAAAAUAUUCAAGAAAUAGAGAAAGAAGAUAUUGAUGAGAAGAUGAUUGAGAAAUACCUAGAAGAAGGGAGUUCAAAAGUAAUAAAUAUGAAUAACAACAUAGUUUUCCUUUUGUUAAUUGCAAAAGUAAAGUUUCCAAUACCAGGAAAAUUACACAUUUAUUUGGAAUUCAAUGACGAGUUUGGCCAUACUUUCUAUGAUCAACUUGAGGAUAUUCAGAUCUCUUUUCAAGACUACUUUCACCCCUCUCCAGACGAAAACUGGACUUUAAAAUGCUAUAAAGCUCUCAGUUUGAAAUUAUUGGAUUCGGAACACUCAAAAAUAAAAUAUCAAGAGGGUAUUUCAGAAAUUAUUAAUACUUGUAAACUUUUGGAUAUUCCUUCAAAUUUAGUAUUAAAUAACAUUAAUAAACACUUACGUAUUUUUGAAAUUGAUGGAAACAGAUUACUUUCUAUGAUUGAUGAGAAAUUCAGUAUUAAGGAGGAAUUUGACUUUAAACAUGAUUUGCUAAUUCGUAAAAUUGAUCUUAAGAAAGAUAAUUUGAUUGAAAAAUGUGAAAUUGAAAUAAGCUAUAGAUGGUUCUGCAUCCACUUACCACCUAAAUACUAUCUGAUAAUCCAGUUUUCUAUUACUAAUAAAUCAUCAAUUAUAAGAAUAUAUACAGACUUUCCUGAAAUUCUUUCUCAUUGUGAUAAUUUUUUUGAUACCUGGGGAUAA